CAUUUUGGCCCCACAAUUUCGUGUUCUCUGGGGUACCCCCUGUCCAAGUCACUGGACAGGCUUGCCUUGCUCCAGUGACCGACCCCCUUCCCCAGGAAGAGGACAUGGCCAGGGUGCCUGCACUGGAAUUCAGGGCUCAGCCUUUGCCCCCAAGGGAGACUGAGGCUGUGCCAUUUAUGUACAAAUGUAGACAGAUGUGUGGGUCAGCCCCCGGCACUGGUCAUGCUCCUGUCUCAGCAGUGUGGUCCUCAUGAUUGUGGGAUGAGCGCUUUAGCCUGGGCUAGCCCUCGUCCUGUGUGUGUUCUUUAGAUGUGGUCGCUUUGCAAGAGCCGCUGGCGCUGUAACGCCUGAGCCCUCGUUGCUCUGCUGGUUCUUUUCCUGGCUGUGUCCGGUGUGGUCCAGGGUGGCCCCUGUUCUCCCUGCCUCCACCAGUGCCGUGAUGGGCGCCAUACGCUAUCGUGUGCAACUUUUUUUUUUUUUUGAGUCGGGGUGCAAUGAGCUUGAAUUCAUGACAAUCUUCCUGCCUCAGUCUCCUGGAUGCCAGGAUCACAGAUGGUGGCCCUCGCUCCGGUCCUCAUAUCACAGAGAGGCUGCCAGGUCGUUCUCCACUUCAUUGGUCACUCAGCCCAGACUCCUCAAGCCUCCAUCCAUCCUGCCCAUGGGCAGCCUCCUGGGAACCAAGUCUACAGGAUGUCCCUCUGGGAGCACCACCCUCACAUGGCCCCCUCUACGCCCUGCACAUCCCUGGUUCUCCUCACAGGUCCCUCUCCUCCAGUCUUCCGCUGGGGGUGGAGAGGCAUGAAGCUCAUCUACACACCACAAAACCCAGCGUCUUGUGUCCCUCGCAGCCAGUUUCUGGGAUUUUACGGGGUUACUGACACCUUGAAGCCGGAGAGUGACACAUGGGGUAACACGAACCCCUCGUCCCAGGGAAAUGGCCCCUACCAGAGCCUGGGACAGCCACAGCAUGUAGCAGCUCUCAGAACUCGGAUCUGAACCCGGGUGUCUCUGUCACUUGCGGACCCCCUAGGGCUCCGCUCACUUGGGGACCCACCCUACAUCUGUCCUCCCCACCGUGGCCACCAGAGGGCGCGCAUGAGAGUCCACGCUGCCCGCUGCCACCCAGGGUCCCCGGGAGACCCUGUCCCUCCGCCCCACAGCUGCCCCGGGCUUUGCACGGUCCUCGCGUGGGCGAAUCGGCGUCACAACCAUGACAGCCAUCGAGGGAGGGGACCCACAGAUGGGAGCAGCCGUCCUAAUCCUUUGCAGCUUAUCCCCUAAUCUCCUGCUCCGGGCUCUGGUGGAGGGUGUCGCCAGCCAUGGCGGGGUCGGCGAGCGAGGCACGGGCCUGGAGUCCGGCCCCGGCCAUGUACGAGGAGUACCGGCCGCCUCCGCUGGACGCCAUCCGCCUGCCUCGCUAUGCCCUGUACCUGCUGAUGGCCGCCGUCCUGGUGGUGGCCGUGGCCUACGCCAUCGUGGGCCACCUCAUCAAAGACCUCGCUCACGACUUGGCCGACUGGGCCUUUGGCCCUAAGCCAGACCAGGAGGAAGGCCCACGGGAGCUCCCGGCCAGCUUGGCCGCGGAAGACCUGGAAGAGCUGGACCUUCAGCUGGCCCUGACCUGGCGCGGGGAGGAGGACCCCACCCGGGCUCCUCGCCACCCCUCCAUCGCUUUCCGGGACCCGCCCAUGCAAGGUGAUUUUUGGAGGCUGGACUGACCAGGAGGGACAGCACCUGCGAGGCUGGCCGGCCUGGCCGUUCUUAUGCUCACUGUGCCCCCACCACCUCAGCUGGGCCACCUGUGUCUGUUAUAUGACACAGGCUGGCCUGAAGCUCAGAAUCCCCCUACCUCAGCUUGAGUACUGGGAUUGCAGACACAAACCCCACCUUAUUAAGACUUUGAGUAGCCCAAGCUAGCCUUGAACGUGAGGGGUAGCAGAGGAUGACCUUGAACUCAUGGUCCUCCCGAGGGCAGGGAUGACAGGCCACCACACCUGGUUUCUGUGCUGCUGGAAAUGGAGCCCAGGGCCUCAUACACUCUGGGCCAGCUGCAGGCACUGAUAAUUUUAAUUCGUUAUGAAUAAUUCUGGCUCCUUCUGCAUCAGCAGUGUCUGUUAAGGGGAGAAAGCGAGGCUGAAUUUAGAUACAAAUUAAAAGUGUGACAAAGGCUGGAGAGAUGGCUCAGAGAUUAAGAGCACUGGCUUUUCUUCCAGAGGUCCUGAGUUCAGUUCCCAGCAACCACA